GGGUACUUGGUCCAGAACGCGGGAGAAGCAGAGUCGAAGACCUGGUGGAGGGAGGGCCCGCCGUGGCCGCCUGGAGGACGGACGGACCGGCGGGCGGAGAGCGCUCCCGCUCCCGCCUCCGCUCCCGUUCUCCCUCCGGGCGGCCGCGGCGGGGACGGAGGCGCUGGGGACAGUUCAGCUCGACGGGAGUUCUUUCCAGCCUGAGCCUAUUGUUACCAGCAUGGGGGAGCAGCCUGAGGCUCCCCUUGAAAAACCCGAAGAAGGAAAGAGAGCAAAGAUCCCUGAAGACCACCACUGGCACUCUCGAAGCUACACCCUUGGGGCCAUUUCCAGCUUCCUGUCUACGUUUGUGACCUUUCCCAUCUACAAGGUUGUGUUCCGCCAACAGAUCCAUGCCGUAUCUGUACCAGAAGCCGUCAGUCAACUGCACCAGGAGGGUCUUCACCGAUUCUACCGGGGAAUCUACCCACCCCUUCUGGCCAAGACCCUUCAGGGGACCCUGCUCUUUGGCACCUAUGACAACCUGCUCCAGGCUCUCUCUCCUACAGGACCCUCCAGGCUAUGGCAGCGCUGGGUGGCUGGGUUCCUGUCCGGGGCAAUGGAAGCUGUGGUGCUGACCCCCUUUGAGCGAGUACAGAAUGUUCUACAAGAUGGACGGAAGGAUGCCCGCUUCCCCAGCACUUCCAGCAUCCUUCGGGAAUUCAACUCCUACGGCUUCUGGGAACGACUGGCCUUGGGCUACUAUCAAGGCUUCCUUCUGGUCCUCCUGAGAAACAGUCUGGGAAGUGCCCUCUACUUCUCUUUCAAAGAUCCCAUCCGAGACAGCCUGGCAGAACAAGGUUUGCCCUGCUGGGUCCCAGCCCUAGUGUCUGGUAGUGUCAAUGGGACCCUCACGUGCCUACUGCUUUAUCCCCUCAGUGUCCUAGUUGCCAACAUGCAGUCACAGGUAGGUUGUCAGGAAGCACCAGGCCUGUGGGCUUCGGCUCAGGCUGUUUGGGAGGGUCGGGGCCGAAAGCUGCUUCUGAUCUACCGAGGUGGCUCUUUGGUCAUCCUACGUUCCUGUGUGACCUGGGGACUUACCACUGCUAUCCAUGAUUUCUUGCAGGAAAACAAAUGCCCCAGGGUGGAAGAGAGUGACUGAUUAGCCUCAGAGGCAUCCCAGAGGGUGUUAGGACUGUGUUCUUACAGCCUGGGUCAACAAAAGGCCAAUAACUCACCUCUGGGUCUGUGAAGUAACUCAUUUGCUUCUGGUCCUAGAGAAACAAGAGCAGUAAUUCAGUUAGUCAUUUUGAGAUGAUUGGUAGUGAGAGAAAUUCCCAGCAAUCAGAUUAUCAAUUAUUUUAUCAUGUAGUAUUAACAUCAGUAUGUUGGUGCGGUCAUCGCUGUGGGCACCCUCCCUUACACUGAUACAGAAUGAAGAUUUCCAUUAACUUGGCAGAUGAUCUCUGAGAGUUGACGUAGCCAAAACAAUCAAUCACACUGCUGCCAACCUGGCAAUGAGCCUCUCCGAACAGAGCAAGACUGUUGCUCCUACGACAGGUAUGAAGUCUAGCACCAGGCCCCUACCCGAAGCCUUCACAACUGGGGAGGAUCUUCUGGAAGAACCUAGGCUCAUUGCCAUGCCAUGAAGAGGCAUCACCGGAGGACUCCAGGGAAGAAUAGAGCUGGCAUCCAUGUUAUUUUUCUGCUAUCAACAAAGCCACACAGCAUUCCUUGGGUCAGAGAAGGAUCUCACCCCUUCCAUCCACAGCUUUGGUUCCCUCAUCCUGACCCUGACCUUGAGGAUGACCCAACUUUCAGAAGUGACUGGAAACAAGGAUGUGCCCUGAGUUCUCAAGGAUUUUCAAGAAAGCAAUUGAGAAGAGUGAAAGAAUGUGUUGUGGCAAGUCCAGCUGAGGGGCUAAGGGAGUAAGACCCACAGUUUCAAAGGACCAUCCUUGACAGUAGAAGGAUCCCUAUGGUAACUCUGGUAAAUGAACAGAUCACCUCAUUUCAGCAAACACCUUUUGAGUCCCAGGCACUGAGCUAGGUGUUAAGAAUGCAAGGAAAAGAAAAAAUCGUCUCUUGACCGGAAGAAGCUUACAUGGGGGGAGGGGGGAGGGGAUGGGGAGCAUGGGGGGGUUGUGGGUGGGGGGUGGGUGGAGUAGAGAUAAAACAGGCAUUUGUCACUGUGAUCACUUCUAGGAGUGGUUUCAAGUUGGUUAAGAUCUAGAAAGUCCUGCCACUUGUGGGUCCUAGUGCCCAUGCUAGGGUAGAGGCUGGGCCCAGAGCCUUUCUGGGCUAAGUUGAUCUGAAUUGUUUGUACCCCAAAGGACAACCAGGGUUGAAGAGAAGUGUUCACCAGAGGGAAUAGAGUAAGGUUUGGGGGGUUUAGAGGGUAAAUGAGUAAAUAGUUGGGGAAGAUUUUAAAAACUUUUGUAAAUUUUGUCAUAUAAAAGGACAUGCAAAUAAGACAAAUUAAUCUUAUUUGCCAAAAACUGUUGGUCUGGAGUCACACUACCUGGGGCCUAAUUCCCAGUGUUCUGCUGCUUUUUACCCAUGGAGGAAAUCACUUCACAGUUCUGGUGUAGCUAACCUCUGAAGUUCCAACUCUAAAUCCAGAAUCCAGUGAUGUUAGGCACUGUUUUAGAACAUGUCAUCAUGGCCUUUCAUUCUCUCCUCAGUCAUUUCCUCUUCCCCUUUCCUCGAACCACUACCAGCCCAGAAGCCUGUCAUGAACACCACAUUGGACAUCUGCAGUCUCCCAUCCCACAGGCAGUUUUGAUAGGAGGACUCUGGCAUUGCUGUGUUUCCUGUUAAGGCAUUUGAGUGCCAACAAGAUCUCUGGAAAUCAGAGGCCUGUAUCCAUCUGAGGAGCACUAAUUCAACUGCUGAUCUGAACCCAAGAUUCCGCAUCUGAGGUCCAGUGGACUUUGCCUCAGUCCCAUUUGGUGAGGCAGCCUGAGGACAGUGACAUUCAAUUCAGUUCAUUGUACGAGUAUUUGUUAAGCCCUGUGCUCAGCAUCCACUGGCCAAUGGAACUAGACUGAAACCCAACACAGUCCCUGCCCUGAAGGACAGCACAUCAUGCCAUUUGUACUCCUUUCUGCAAGAAAGGAAGAAAGAUAGGGUGGGGCAGGGCGGGUGAUAGGUUGGGAAGAGUGCGGGUAAGAAGGAGCUCGCUCCAGCUCUAGCUCCCAUUCUGUCAGAAGGGGUGUAAGGAGGAGGCUAGGGACCCUGGUCACCAGGAUCCAAGCUCUGGCUCAGCCUAGGCAGAAGGUGGGAAGCCAAACAAUCUAGUGAGGCGGUCUCCUCAUUGCCAACUAGAGGGGCCCUUUAUGUUCCAUGUGACAGCAUAUUUUGUUUUCCCAGGAGCAGCGAGCAUCAUAACGACCAGAGGGAGGAGCAGGGGCAAACUUGAUGCAAAAUUGAACAUUUCCAACCAGCUAGGAGUCUCGAGAAAGGGGACUGGCAGAGCGAGCUUAGAAUCAGCUUAGAAUUCUCUGCUCAGUUGCUUGUCCUGAGUGAUGAGGCUGCAGUUCUAGAAGGCCUGGGAGGUGGAGAGGGCAGGGGGAGAGGGGUGCCACUGAAUUUUAGCAACCUGGCUGAAAGAACUGGGGCCUGGGUAGGAAAGGAGACUUGGUUCUAGUCCCUGAUAUGAUAGGAACCCUCCAGAAAAUGGAGAAUUUGACAAGGUCCUCUCUGAGGCCUCUUCCAGCUCAAAAAUCUAUGUCAAGUUAAUGAAAAUUGGGCUCCCUUUGUUCCCACCUUUGCUCAGCCUCAGUUUCAGUAAGAGUGAAAUAAGUCUUUCUCUGGAACCUCGGGCAAGGCAGUUUUCUCCUCUAUAACAAAUGAACAAGUUGGACGAGAAUGAAGGGGUUCUAAUCUACAGUCUGUGACCUUGCUUUUUGUUUUGAAUGUUUUGAUAACUGUUCUUGGAUAUCACUGGUUUCCUUUGUAAUUGUGUGCUCUAUUUUCUUCAUUUGACAACAUUCUUCAACAAGACCCAAGGAGGCUUCAUCAGACUGCCAAAGGGGAGAGGAGGAAUGCAUAGCAUUACAGAUGGGUGAUUUGAGGGCUCUGCUGAAAGCCCUUUUAACUCCAGCAUCUGUCUGUUUGUUGGGAUACCAUUUCACGUUCUACCUCCAUCCCCUCCCUUCAAAUCAGGCUUUUAGAACUUAGCAUUCUGGGAAUUGAGUCACUGCCACAGAGACAGUAUUUGCACUCCACUCUUGUAGAUUCUUAAGGCCAGACUUCUAGCCACUAAACUAUGCUGCUUCUCUAGCAUCUUGUUAUAAAAAGCAAUUAGUUAAAAUGUGAAACCACCAAAUGACCCAUUUCUUGAUGGGGGGGGGAGAUGGGCCACUCCAGCAACAAAGAGUUUCUUGGGGUCCCUGAGGAGAUAGCAUGUGGCAGCAAAGUCAAACUUCCUUAGAAGUCUCCAUUUGGACUCAAUUCCUGACCCUGUCCCCAAGGGCUGCUCCCCCUCCAGGGCACUAUCCCUAUUUCCAGCACACCCCCUGUCACUACCAUCAUUAAACUAGAUUCUCACCACCAGAUCCGUGGCACUGUCAAAAGCUUAGCAUCAUAAAUGGAGGUGGUUUUAUCAGUGGAAAGGCCACUAAAGAAGAUGUAUUAUCAUCUGUUUUACCAUUGCAUUCUAAGAAGCACUGGGCUUUUCCAUCUGCCCUGCUGCUGAAUCUCCUAUAUAUGUUGUCUCACCUGAUUAGAAUAUGAGUUCUACGAAAGCAAGGAUUGUCCUGCUUUUCUAUUUAUUCCAAGGCGCAGCGCUUGGAACAUAGUAAGUGCUUAAUAUAAGUUUUUCCAUUCAAUUGUUUACUCAUUCAUUCAUUUACUCACUCAUUCAUUCAUUCACUCACUCAUUCAUUUACUCAUUCACUCACUCAUUCAUUCAUUCAGUCUAUCAUUCCAGGAACUGGAUAACAUGAUUGCUAAGCUCCCUUCUGGCUCUAAUAGUCUAGGAGUCUUUCAUUUUGCUUAGCACAGUGCCUGGUACAUAGCUGAUGCUCUUAAUAAAAUACUUAUUCAUUCUAAUCAUAUCUUUCUCAGGAGUUGAAAGCUGGCUUUCAAUUUAAUGUCUUCAUAGUAGACAUCGGGUGGUACUCUUGUCAAAAGGUUUCCACCUUCCAUCCCUUGAGUUUUGAUGACUGUGUCAAGAUGCUUUUUUGGCAGGUGCUAUUCCCUUCCUUAUGCCAGAAGAAACAUCUCCAUCCCUCAGUCCCAUUUCACAGUCUCGUGCAUCAUGGUCAGGGUUUUUUCCAUUCAGUUUUAUUUUCUUUCAACUAUCAAGCCAUUUCUUUCUUCGCCCUUAACUUCCCAAUCCCCUGAAAAGACAAAGAAAUCCCUUGUAACAGCUUUUCAGCCAAGCAAGACAAAUUCUCAUCCUGGCCAAGCCCAUUGCCCCUGUCAGGAGGUGGUUAGCCUGCCUCAUCAUCUGUCCUCCAGAAUGAUGGCUGAUCAUUCCAAAUUGUUCAUUCUUUAAACCAUUCUCCUGGUUUGUUCACUUCACUAUGAAUUAGCUCAUACCACUCUUCCCCGGUGUCUCUGAAACCAUCCCUUUCAUCAUCUCUUAUGGCACAAUAGUAUUCCAUUACCUUCAUGCACCAUAUUUGUUCAGCCAUUCCCCAAUGAACGGGCAUCCCCUUAGCUUCCCAUCUGUGGCUACUACCAAAAAAAAGGAUUUGUACAUAUAGGACGAUUGUUGAGAAAUGCCAAAUUGGUGACCCAGCACAUGGCAGAAAGCAGACUUUUGUCUUGGACCCCCCUUUGGCCAGUUGGUGAAGUAUACAGACCUCUUCUUAGAAUGCAUGCACAAAUGUAGGGUAUUACAAGGGAAACCAGUUAUAUUGAAAUACAGUCAUCAAAAUCAUUUUGUAAAGUUCACAGACACCAGAUUAAGAACCCGUGGUAGAGACGUGUUGUCAGUGAAAUCCCAAGUGUGUCGGUGUGAUGUGUGCAUGGGGAGCCCCAUCCCUCCAGCUCUAUCUGCUUUGAAGCAAGGUUUUGCCUGUGGCAGGGACAGUCCAGUGAUGAGCUCAUUUGGAGGUGUACAAAUAGGAUGCCACCUGGAAGCUUGUGGUUUUCACUAAUUAUUCUUGUGCAAAACAGAUAGGUGGGUGUAGUGAGCAGUUUUAGGCUUGGAGCCUGGAAGAUCUGGGUUCCAGUCAUGCUUCUAACACUUGUUAACUCUUUGACCAUUGGCAGAUCAUAACCUUUCAAUGCUCCUGAGAAUCUCUUGCGUUUUUUCUUAGUUACAGAGCUGUGUUCCACCUCAGAAAAGUUGCCUCCACCAAAUGGUUGAGAUCACAAGGCCAAUUAAAAGAAAUCCUGGAUUUGACCUAUCAUAGUUGUCCGAUGCAGCCAUGCUCUCUAAAUUUUGCCAUGGGGAGGUCAAGCACCCAGGCCCUAGCUGUAAAAGCCAAUGGGGUCCAUGUGGGUUUGCAUUAAAAAAAGGACAGCUUUCAGGAAUAGGAAGGCAAUGGUCCUCUGAUCUCAGCAAGUUUCAUCUUGAGUAGCAUACUUCAGUUUGGGGAAAGGCAGUGAGAACCUGCAGAGUGUCCAGACUGGAGCACCACUGGGAUCUUAGCUGAAGGAAGACUGAGGGGAGAAGGCGGUGGGACAUGAUAGCUGGGCUGUCAGGUGGAAGCAGGUUUGGUCUUGCUCUGGUCCCAGAGGGUGGAGGCAGGAAUGGCAGUGGAGGGAAGCUAGAGAGAUGCAAAGUCAGACUGAGCAUGCAGGGAAAACUUGCCAACUGUCGGCAGUGUAAGGAAGAGCGCUUUUCCUCACUGGAGGAUGAGGAUGACCAGAUUCUAGUGGAAGGACUCUUGAACUGUGAUUCUGCAUGGCUGUAGAGGAGCCAGAGACUGGAGGCUGCCUGGAAGCUUUGUGUGCUGAGGGAACAGGAAAGUAGCUAGACACAUGGAUGCAGAAGGCUCUGUGCUCAGGCCCUGAGCAGCACUGUCCAGGGGCCAGAGUACUGGAGUUGGUUUGGAGUUCAGGACUUGGAUUCGAGUCUAACUAUAGUUAAUACCUGAGCCUUGGGGGCAUGUCACCUGGUCUCCGGGGACCUCAGUUUCCUUUUCUAUAUAAGGAGGAGGUUGGACUAUAUAGGGAUGGUCUCUGAGGUCUUUUCCAGCUCAGCAUCUCGAAUCCUAGGUCCUAUGUGAGAGGGAAUCAGAGGAGGGCUGAACUGAGGAAAGCAGGGAAGGUAGCAACAAUCCUUUAGUAUAACUGGGGCUCUUUGAUGUUCACACAAAUGAGGGCAGUGGAGGUGGAGGGAGGGAAGUGAUUGGGCCCAGGUGAGAGGGGGAGCAGUCAGUCUCAGUCCUGGGCUGUGAUGGGCCUAGUGCCCCCAUAGCAUUGGAGGGGGGGUUGUGGGCCCAGUCCAGCUCCUGUUCCAGCUCCCCUGAUCCUGCUAUAGCUCUCACCAUCUCCUCCAACGACUCAAAGACUGCAACAGCCGCAGCAGCAGCAGCAGCAGCAGCAGCAGCAGCAACAGUAACAGCACGCCAGGCACAAGGCACCCAGUAUAACAGGUGAGUUUGGUGGCCGGGAUGGUUGGAUGGCCUGAUGGGCUUGGGGACCCUGGCUCACUGUCUCCGCUGCCCCCCUCCCUCCACUGCUGCUGUUGACCAUGUGCAGAAGGGAUGGGUCAGGGCAGGGGGUAGAGGGCAGUGUGCUUCGAUAGCUCAGCUCCCCUCUCCAUUGUGGGCUAUCAAACGAACUUGGGCUGUAGGCCCCAAGGAGAUUCUGUGGUGUGCCUGGAAUCCGUGGCCUGGGAUAUGGACCAGGGAGAUAACUCCAAAGCCCAGCCCAGUGCUGAGGAGGGAAGCAAAGGUGCAGCAGGUGGGGAAGAGGCUUGCCUCUUCUCAAUGGAGUUUUCCCCCUCAGUUAUCCUCACUGAUAGCUUCCACUUUAGGGGAGCAACCCCCCUUAGAGAUGGUCAGAGAUAACUGUCAGUGGGCACUCUGCCUCAACAGAACUGCCAUUUCCUCAGCCCUCAGAGGUAGGGUGGGACAUUGCUGAUUGGCUGACAGCUGGAGGGGCUAGCCCCCUGGUGAGGAUGGUGUGGCCAUGUGGGCAUGGCCAAGGCAGCUGGCACAGCUCCCCUCCCCUGGGAGGCCCAUUUGUCUCCUGAGAAUUCUUACCUUCCCACCUGCCUGGAAACAUCCAAAGACACUGCAGCCACAUGCCUGCCCAACCUGGAGCAGAGUGUCUAGCUCAGAAACUCAAAAGGCAUGAGUGCUCCCUGCCAAGUCUAAAAGAAGCCCGGUGACUGCAAAAUGUCCGCCUCCUCUGAGUUUGGGGUUCUUUGAGCACUUCUUUACUCCUGGCUCAAAGUAUCAAGGAGGCCCAAGGCCCAGCUCUGCUUCCACAGCCCUUCUCUCUUGGACAUUAGCUAGCAGGCUUUUGGGAGUCCUUGAGAAUGGCCUGUCUUGCCAGACGACAAUGAAAGAUUGCUUAUUCUUCCUAGCCGAAAUGUGUGACAAACCAGACCUCUCCAAGGUGGAAAAAAUUGACCAGAAAAAGCUGAAAAUAGCAGCAUGAAGGAGAAGAAUACUAUUCCUUCCAAGGAAAGUAAGUCAUGGGCAAGGGCUAUGUUGGCAGUUAGCACAUUCCAUUCCUCCCCUAAGGCCAGCUUCCUCCUCUGGGAAUCAAUGGGCCUGGGAAGCCAAGUCUCCCAAUCCCCCUGAGCUCUGUGCUUGCAAAAGCAGAGAGCCAUAGGUAGCCAUACCCUAGAAGCUUCCUUUGCUCCCAGAUGGCAGGUCUCACUUAUGUAAAAUCACAUCUUUCCUAAAAACCAAAAAAAAAAAAGCCAAAGCCCAGAUCAGAGGGUGGAAAGACCUGAGAAGUUCUGCUCAAUAACAAUAGAAAAAACUUCUGUCUUCAUGAAUUCAGACCAUUCCAGUCUUUGCUUACCAACAUUUGGGAGAAAAGGGAAAUUUGUCCUGCUGCUUAACCCUAACCAGUUGAACUGGUGAGCUGUGGGCCUGCCUAACUCUGUCCUUUUCUUUCAGCCAUCAAGAAGAGAAGGAAAGCGAAAGCGAUAAGUCUUCCUAGGGAUGGGGCGUCCCUUCCCAGCAACAGAAUCGAGUGCUUCCAGAGUUUAUUGUUUCGCCUUUAAUAGUGUUCGUUUGCUUCGCUGUUUAGGCAAAAUUUAGGCUGCCUUCAUCUCUUUACCCAGUGUUACCUAACCACCCUCCACCCUGUGCUUAUCUGAAGAGGGACACAGUCAUGGAAGGGCCCUAAGAACGGUGUUAACCACAACCAAAGUGUUAACCAAGAAAGCCUGUAAAUGUGCUGACAUUUAUCAUACCUUAGGCUUAAUAUGCCUCAUUUCACGUCCCCUUCCCCUCCCUGCUCCACUCCAUUUUUCUGUGCAUUGCUUAGAGUGAUGAAUGUUUUUUUCCUUGACUUUACAGUUAUUCAAUUUUCUUCUAUACUUAAUAUAUUAUCUAAUAAGAAAUAAAUGUUAUGGAUUGUGGUGGAAA